AUGCUCCCCGUAGCGGUUAAAUUCAUCAAGCUUGCAUUUCCCCCCCAACGUUCCGACAGCUCGAAGUGGUUUCGCGUUGUUGGCGUCUGCUUGAUCGAUGUUGAACGG